AUAUAUGUUGUGGUGCACGGUGGGUCAUAGACUGGCAGUCAUACAGGUGUCUCCCUUUCCUUGAGCGCAAAUAUCUGAUUAGGUUCUGGAAUUCAAUCAGCCUCGUCAUUAUGCUAAUGGCACCUCCGAGCAAAUCAUGGAGGGAAUGUAUACGGAAUUUUACCUGGGCCUGGCAUACAGUGAUCAUGGGCACUGGCGCUACAUCUGCCCUGGUCCACGCGUUUCCGUACGGAAACGGUAAUCCAGCGAUCAAGGUCGCCACUUUGAUCAUUUUCUUUCUCAAUCUCCUCCUCUUUGUCUUUUUUACUGGGGCAACCAUCGCGAGAUACGUGAUGUUCCCUGACAUCUGGCUCAAGAUGAUCCGACAUCCAACCCAGGGCUUAUUCAUGGGUGCAUUUCCAAUGGGAGCUGCGACAUUAAUUAACAUAGCACUGGUAGCGCAUCAAGAAUGGAACUUUGGAGGCAUUGGUUUUCUAUAUACCCUUUGGGGUUGCUGGUGGCUCGACUCAAUCGUAUCGUACCUCAUCGCUUUUGGAAUGCUGCAUGCGAUGAUAGUGGAGCAGAAACAUACCCUUGAGAGUAUGACCGCCCUAUGGUUACUCCCAGUUAUCACCCUCAUCGUUGCAUCUUCAACUGGUGGUUUAGUCUCCACUGCGCUUAAAGCUCAGUCGAUAAAGUUUGCAAUCUGGACGGCUCUGUUCUCGUUGACUAUGGUUUUCAUUGGUCUCAGUCUCGCGUUGAUGGUGAUCACGAUAUACCUCGCGCGCCUCAUCACAAAUGGUCCGCCAGAGAAGCCACUCGUUUUGUCUGCUUUCAUCGCAUUGGGUCCUCUCGAGGUAGCAGCUGGAGGACAGAUGAUAUUCUCGUUCUUUUUCUGCGGAGCUUACAUCCUGUGGUCGAUGGGUAUCUGCUGGAUUAUUAUCUCCUCGAGUUCCAUAUUUAGCGUGCUCAAAAAGGAGGGGAGCAUACCAUUUUCCAUCACGUAUCAAGGGUUGAUCUUCCCGAAUGCUGUAUUUGCGCUUCUCUCAGUGCAGCUUGGCAAUGUUCUGAACAGCGGAUUUUUCCAUGGGUUUGGUGCUGCGUGGACAGUUAUCGUCUUCAUCCUGUGGCUGAGUAUCUUUGCAAGAACCAUCCCAGCAGUCAUCGACAGGUCCGUAUUUGUUGCACCAGAUAUCGCAGCUCUACCCUUACCACUUCAUAUUAAUGAAUUAAAACUGCGGGAAGCAGUCAUAUCAAUACUAUAG